AUGAAGAUGCCUACCAAACAAAGUAGCAAAGUUGCUUAUCCUACAAAAUGGGAGAGAAGUCAUCUGCAGGCAUUGUUGAAGCAGCAUGAAGUGCAGCAGGUCCAUGUCCAGCUGGAAGAGGCUCAAGGACUGCUGAAGGUCAUGACGACAGAGGCAGAUGACCAGAUGAUGAGCGCAGAACUGGAAAAUGUCCUGCAUAUUGUCCCAAAUCACAGCUGCACUGUGGACACGCAACAGUAUUUGACUAACCAGAUCGAGCAGCUCAUAGGGGAGAAUCAGCAACUGAAAUCUGCAUUGAGACAGGCAGAGCUCAGACUCAGCAUAAUGGAAGGAGAGAAGGCCUGUCAGCAUGCUGUGCUCUCAGAAAAGAUCUGCAAUGUUGAUCAGCUUAGUUUAGAGAAACAGCAGAUGACCGCUGAGCUGGGAGUGCGGUGUAUGCAGCUUACCCAGCUGAAAGAGGGACAGAAAGCUUUGAAAGAGCUUCUUGGCAGUAAGAUCUGUGAGCUGGAACGAGAGAACCUGAAACUCAAGACCCAGCUGAGGACUGUACGGGCUGAGCUGGACCAGGCCAACAGUUCCUUGAGAGCACUGAAGGAAGCUGAUGGGCAUGGUCUUAAGAUUGCUCUGGGAAUGCAGAAACAGAUCACUGCUAAAAGGGAGCAGACUGAUUUCCUGCAAAGCCGAAUUCAGCUGCUGGAGGAGAACGCAGAGAAGCUCAAGAUGGAGAAGCACCGUCAGGCAUUACUGGUUAUGACGCAGACACAAGAGCUGUUGUCAGAGAGGGAGAGCAGGAGAAGACUGGAGUCUGAAGUGGAGGCUCUGUGCUCACAAGAGCGAGAGCUCAAAUACAAAGCUGAGAAACUGGAAGCAGCUUUAUACAAGAUGUCUGACAGUUUUGCUGAAUGCCAAGAAUUUAUUCAGAAGCAGGAGCAGGAGCUAAUGAGACUGAAACUGCAGCAUGCAUUAGAUAUAAAGGAAUUGCUAAGCCAGAACUUGCGUAACAUCUCCAGAUCUCUAGUCAGCAUACAGACUCCUCUUCCCCUCGCUCAGCUUAACGUUAAUGGCCUAAUGGAGAUGAGAGUCUCUGACCCCCUUGUGGAGCUGAAGAGUUUUGUAAGAGAGCUGCGUGGUGGGAUUGCAGAAGAGCAAGGACCACACACUACCUUGAGCUUCAGGAGGAGACCUAAGGAAGACCACAAAUCUAGACUACCGACAGAAACUAGAGGUGCCAAAAGUACCACAAGGUCAAUUGGGAGAAUAACCAGUUACAGGAUGCAGGUCUCCUGUGCACCUUCUCCUCACUACUGA